UAUGUACAUAUGUGUGUAUGCAUAUCACUCUAGCUACCAGAAGCAACAUCAAAUCUUCAUCCAACAUGCAACGCAACAAAUCACCCAAUUGGAGCAACAGAAGCAACCAUUGGAACAGCAAAUGUUGGCAUCGGUAUUGCCCAAUGCAGCUGCGAUUUUGCCGGCAGUCGCCGCGUUACCUCCACAACAGCAGCAGCAACAGCCCAUUAUUCCGAAGAUUCCACCGCUUAUGGCGCAGAAGGUGUCCAUGCCAGAUGAUGAUGAUGAACUUAUGAAACCGCCUGGAGUUGAUGAUAAUAGUUAUGGCGGUGUUGGGAAUCAUCACUAUCAGCAACAACAGCAAUAUGACAACAACAUAAAUUUCGUUCCACCAAGUGGUCCGCAGCAAAAUAACUUUGCGCUCGACAACAUGCCGCAGCAGGGAGGAGCGGGGAAUUUCUUUAUACCGGACAUGUCAAAACCGCCUCCAGGUUUUGCGGGCAACGCUCCGCCCAGUGUCGUUGGCAACAAUCAAAUGCCGGCGGGCUUACAACAGCCAUUUGGCCAAAUGAACAACAUUCCGCACUCUGCCAAUAAUAAUAAUGGUAACGUAGGCGCUGGCAGCCUUGAUGGUGCGAACCUAAAUUCAGCUGCUGCCAAUAUUGAUGUACUAGCGUUAAACGCAGCCAUACAGCUUGUGUUGAAACAAAAUCAACAACUACAAAACUCUCAUCAGAAUUUAGAUGCAUCUGGGCAGCAACAUCUAACACUACCAGAAAUUCAAUCAGAUUCGCAGCAAUUAACACAAACUCAAAUGCCGCCGCAUCACAUGCUUGACAAUGAUGAGAUUUCUCCGCCAAUGGGUCUCAUGCCGUCCGAAAUGGAAAUGGAGGAACAAAAACCAUCAGCGCCUUAUUAUGACUUGCCUGCUGGAUUGAUGGUGCCAUUGAUACGUUUAGACGACUAUAACUACAAGGCUUUGGAUCCGGCUGAUAUACGCUUGCCACCACCUGCGCCACAAAGUGAACGUUUGACCAAUGCGCUAGCGGCAUUCUACGCACCACCAACGCACGAUCGGCCGCGUGAUACCGAGGGUUGGGAAAAGCUCGGUCUUUACGAAUACUAUAAAGUGAAAAAUGCGGCGAGAAAACAGAAAGAGGAUGAACUACAAAAAGGUGAACGCGAAAAAACACGUUCGCCUUCCCCUAUCGUCUUGGAAAAACCCAAAACAAAGAAAUCUAAUAAGCGCUGCUAUCGAUCGAAAAGUCGCAGUCGUUCAAAGUCACGAUCACCAUACCGAUCACCACCGCCUCCAGCGCGUCCAUCAAGACGCAAUCGCUACAGCCGACGUAGUCGUUCACCUAGAAGGUCACCACAGAGAGAUAGAAAUGAACGAGAGCGCGAUUCUUCAAACAGUAGUCGCGAAAAUCGAUCAGAACGAGCCAAUCCACGUCGAGAGCGCUCUGUCACUCCACCAAGUUUCUUUGGUGGAAAUUUUCCAAAGCCCAAUGAGUUUAUCGAGGAAUCUAAUAAGGGCCAUCAAAUGUUGAAAAAAAUGGGUUGGGCUGGCUCAGGCACUGGUCUAGGCUCAAAGCAACAGGGCAUCGAUCAACCUAUUUCAGGAGGCGAAGUACGCGAUCGCAAAGACAUGUUUAAGGGUGUAGGUGUUAAUAUGAACGAUCCCUUUGAAAACUUCCGUAAAAAUAAGGGUGCAGCGUUUGUGCAUCGAAUGCGUGCACGCGAUGAAAAGAGUUAAAUUAAUUUUUUAUAUUUUUUCAUAAUAUCCAUACACAUAUUAUUUAAAAGGCUAAAAUAUUAAUAAAGUUAAAUACCAACCUGGAAUGGAAACAUGUUGAACGUAA